UAUACUACGAAUUCUAAUUCUACAACUUGUACCUCCACUAUGAACUGGGCGUUUUUGCAGGGCCUGCUUAGCGGGGUCAAUAAGUACUCCACGGCGUUCGGUCGUAUCUGGCUCUCUGUCGUCUUCAUCUUCAGACUCAUGGUCUUCGUCGUGGCCGCGGAGAAAGUGUGGGGUGACGAGCAGAAAGACUUUGACUGCAACACACGGCAACCUGGCUGCCACAACGUCUGUUACGACCACUUCUUCCCUGUCUCCCACAGCCGGCUCUGGGCACUCCAGCUCAUCUUCGUCACCUGUCCCUCGCUCCUGGUCGUCCUCCAUGUCGCCUACAGAGAUGAACGAGAGAGGAAACACUGUCUGAAGCACGGCGAGGGAUGCACCCGUCUCUAUGACAAUACGGGGAAGAAGCGCGGCGGCCUGUGGUGGACCUACCUCUUCAGUCUGCUCUUCAAGAUGGCGGUAGACGGCGUGUUCAUCUUUCUGUUGUUUUACAUCUACGAUGCGUACUUCUUCCCACUGGUGGUGAAGUGCUCAGAGGACCCCUGUCCCAACGAGGUGGACUGCUUUAUUGCCAGGCCAACAGAGAAACGAGUGUUCACGGUCUUCAUGGUGGUGAUAAGCUUGGUGUGUAUACUCUUGACCCUGUGUGAGAUCCUCUACCUGCUGGGGAAGAAGUGCGGGGAGUGUAUUGUCGGUGGAGGACCCCGUGCCAUCAGGGAGAGCCCCCUGUUCACCACGCCAGCCACCAUACCCCUGACAGAGAGAGAUACAUCCGUGUUCAAGCAGUCUGAACUGAAGAAGAUGAAUAUGGGUGAUGGGGAUGGUGGACUGGAUAAGAGAGGGAGCCCUGCUCCGGGUUACAGUGUGACUGUCUCUUAAGACUGUUAUCUUUCAUUCUGGUCCUGGAGACGCCAUAACUUGUGAAGGCUUUCCGU